CAUUAUCAAUAAUGAGAGGAAGAGUCCAUUGUUAAAUUUUAACUAUUAAAAUAGAUACUUCCUGAUAUAAUAUAUUCUUGUUAAUGUAGGUAGAGCCUGAUCAUUUUCAUACAAAUUACCAUAAUGGUGAGCUCUGUAUUUCCUCUUCUUUACCUCAGCAGCCAAUGUUAUUUUAUUCUGGUAUCAGCAAGUCUCAACUCUAAGUAUAUUAAAACACGAGUUUUUGAAGAAGAUAAAUUUUGUUUAAAAGAUUCGUUUAAUAUUAGGAAGACGAGCCGAAAAACCGACUCUCUGAUUGAAUGUGGUAAAUUUUGUUCAUCAAUAGAUGAUUGCCGAAGAUUUAUGUUUGAUAAAGAAACCAAUUUCUGUUCAGUCUUUGAAUCGGGUGAAAAUUGUAUCACAGAUGAAAAAAUUGCUAACAAAGUUUGUUACAGACAGGAAUCUACGUGUAAUGAGGUAAACUGUACCAGAUGUCCCAUUGGUUACUAUGGUGAUCAAUGUCAACAUAUAAUACAAGAUUGUUCAGAUGGGUACACAGGGUCAGUGGCUCCAGUGAAAAAUCUUCUCUCCUACAUCCAACCCUCAAUUCAUGGUCCCAUACUGGAAGUCAAGUGUACUUUUAACUGUGGAGGAGUGACGUAUAUUCAGUAUAGAAAACUCAACUGUCGUGAACUGGAUUUCAACAGGACCAUGGACGAAUAUGCAAAUGGAUUCGGGUACAUCCACGGGAGUUACUGGCUCGGCUUAGAACACGUUUAUAACAUUCUUCAUAACGGUAACCAGUUUGCUCUUGAAGUCGUGUAUGUUUUCAAUGACAAACUCAUGUCUCCUGCUCGAGGUUACUAUUAUGACUUCAAUAUAUCAAAUCGUUCUGAUAAUUAUAGAAUUGAUAUCAAGUCAUACGUAGAGUAUACGGCAAAGUCCAUCGGCGAUUCCCUGACUCAAUCUGGUUACAAUAUAAAUGGUAGACCGUUCUCUACUUAUGAUCAAGACUUCAGUAAUUAUGAUUGUCCAGGUCGUUUUCACGGAGGAUGGUGGUACCUGGAUGAUCAAGUCUGCAGUCGAGCUAAUAUAAAUGGACAAAGAUAUGGUACUACGUUUGAAUCGAGCUGGCACUGGCUGGAUAAUCUUGGCAACAGAACAUUGUUUUACGAUACUCAGUUGAAACUAAGACAAAAAUAAUAUAUUUAUGAUUUUUGCCAUGAAAUUUUUGAAUGAAUCUGGUCGAACGUUCUCUAAAUGUUU